AUUUGCCGACGUGUCACACUCACAUACCCACGCUCUGAUCACACCUGAGCUGGGUGUGCCCCCCCUCGGGUCGGGCGGUGCCUCCCGGCCCAAUGGCCGCCAGGGAACCGCUGCUGAGCGCCCUUAAAGGUGCGGUGUUGCGGCUGCGGUCGGACGGCGUUCCGUGCUCCGACUCUUCCCCGCACCUUGCGGCCGUCUGUGCGCUGCUGGAGGGAGCCUUGAGGAAGGGACUGCGGCAGCCGCUGUGGGGCUUCGGGAGAAGGGAUUAUUGGCACUGCCUGGAGCAGCUUCCACUCGGGAGACCGAGCCCUCUCUCCAGCAGCCUCCAUAGAGCCUCCAUCUGCACGAAGGCACUGACAGCACAGGGCCGUGGCCGCUGCUUCCUGCGCUCAGCCCUGCAGGGCAAAGUGCUGGCAGUGGCCGUGCAGCAGCUGGUGCAGAGCCCGAGGCUCCUGGAGUUCUAUGACCCAUCAGGCUCCAUCCUGGGCAAUGAAGAGCUGAGGGAGCCGUUCCUCUCCCUGGUGCUGGUGCUGAUGGAGGUGGAUUUCUCCUUGGACCUGCAGAACUGCAGCUUCUUGGAUGAGAGCUGGCUGCUGCCGGUGUGUGUCAUGUAUGAGACGGUCCCAUGUCGAGCUCUGGGGAUGGUGGUGAGGUACGUGGAUGGCCGUGUCAUCGUCAUUGAGGUGCUUCCUGGGAGCCAGGCAGAGGUGGACGAGGUGGUGCUGGCUGGGGAUGUCCUCGAUGAGAUCAAUGGCUGCUCCUUGAGGAACGCCUACAGUGGGCAGGCUGGGGUGAUGCUGCAGAAGCUGAAGGGACAACCACUGAGCCUCCGUGUGCUGCGGUGGCAGGGGCACAGUGGUGAGGUCUAUGAGCCCUUGCUGCCCUACCUGCAGGCUGUGAAGGAGAAGGAGCCCCAUUUCCAGCUCCAGUGUGGCCCCAGGCACCGUGACAAGGGGGAGAAGCAGAGGGUGCAGGGGGGCAGGCUGCUCUACAACCUGCGGUACCUGGGCCGGAUCAGUGUUGGGAUGUUUGGAGGCAAAGAGGUGCUGCAGAAAGCCAUCCCUGCUGUGUUGGAGAGCUGCUCAGCACCACGGGAGGUUUUAUUUGAUGUGAAGGAAACAGAAAUCCUUGUGCAAGAGAAAGCAUCUCCCAAGGUCCUGUUCCGCCACCCUUACCCUGCAGUCUCCUGCGUGGGACGUUGCCUCAAGACCAGCCAUGUCUUUGCAUUCUGUGUUGUGCUGAUGUGUCUGUUGCCAUAUUUAGUGCUUCCCCAGGGAGCCCUGAAGGGAGCACGUUUGAGUGCCUGGUGUUUGCAUCGAGUUCAGAGCAAGAAUGCGAGGAAAUCAUCCAGAGAAUCGCUGCAGGAUUCAAACACACCGAGUGGUUUGUCUGAUAAGGGACACCAGGCUCUGGCUCCUCAAGCUGGAGUUAGAAGGGUAUUGCAGGACUUCAUGCUUCUAUGUAUGAACUGCUGCCCCUUUGUCUGGCCUCUGCAGUGGAAUAAAUCAAGCAGGUCUGGCUUGUGUUGCUCCCUGUGUAAUUUCUGUCUCAAUUUCAGCCUUACCCGGUACAGCCUGUUCUCAAGAACCAGCCCAGCGCUGUAAUUUGCAUGUUAAUUACCUGCUUUAGAUGUAUCUGAGCUUUCCUGUGCCACAGCUACAGGUAGGAGACACUAAGAGAACAGGGACCGUGAGCAGAGCCUGAAGGGUUAUCCCUCAUUGAGGGUUUAGGUUUAAUCCUUCAUCAGAAAAGCUUAAGAUGGGAAAUGAGAAGAAAUGAGAAGGCAGCAAAUUGCUCCCUGGUUACGUAACGAGUGUUUCUGGUUGUAUGAAAUGCUCUGAGUCACAGGGUGAGAUCCCACAGGAAGCUCCCACAGCCGGGAUAUCCGCUCACAGCACCGGGAAGGGCAGGAGCUGCUGGAUUCACUUGAGCCAAGUCAGUCCCAGCACUGCGAGGAUAAAAAAAGCACUUCAAUGUGGAAGGAAGAGGGGGAAGAAAGAAGUUAGUGGUGAAGCUGGGCCUCAACACCCAUAAGCUUUAAAGAAGAGCUAUAAAGAGGAGGAGGAAAGUUGCUUCCUAAGCUGUACCUGUCACUGCUCCUCCUGGCUGAGCACGGGGUGACUCAGCCCUAAAAGCACCAAGGGGACACGCUGCUCCAUUGGCACAUUAAGUGGAACCUACUGCUAAAGAAGCUCCUCCAAAGGCCAUAGAAACCAAAUGACAAAAGACUCCUCGCAUGUGAAUGUAAAACAUUUAAUUUAAAAAUGUUGACACUACAAUAUAUAAAAUAGCUAUUAUAAAUGCACAUAGUGUAUCUAUAGCUGCCAGGUUUACGUUUUUUUUUCUUUUCUUUUUUUUUUUAAAGGAAACUGUAAGUUUACACUGUGGUUAAAAGAGUCGUAGUUUCACCCUCUGAAAAGUCCACAUUUGAUCACAGUGAUGUAUGGUCAGACUAACAGCCCCAAUUGUUAAACACUUGGAUCAAGUCAUAACCAGUUUUAUUGCAAAAGGACCCUGUACACAUUUAGAUCAAUUCUAGUACCUUACAAGUUUAGCUACCCAACAAGUCAUUAACAUACAGAAACAUGCAUGAGAAGCAAGAAAGAUCACCCAUCCCUUCUGCAUAUUAGCAACUUGUCACUGCUGAGCAACAAGGCUCACAUCACUGAGGUUUAUGUGAACAGUCACUUUUAGCAUUCAUCCUGAGUGAAAGAUGGAAUGACUUAAGUACAAAUGCAACAUAUUAUAAACAAUUUCUUACAAAAAAAAAAAAAA